AUGUCGUCCCAAAAUGAUGUAGAAAUAGAAUCUAAGUGGGUAAAACUUGGACAAAGAUUGUUGAUGAUUGACCUGAUCAAGAAAGACAAAAUGAUUAACUACAUUUACCAACUAUUAUCGAAAGCAUACGAACCUGAGGAAACAAAUACAUUGUAUAACACCGAUGUGGUCGAUGACAACUCAUCAAUGUUAGUCAAUAUUCUCGUCCCAAUAAGCGUUGUCCUUCUAAUGGUCGCACUGGCAAUUCUAAUUGUUGUUAUAAAAAGAAGAAAAGAGCAACAAAGGGGAAAUCCAGCCGAGAGCGACCAAUCAAAAGCUCAAGCUUCGGCUUCCAACCAAUCAGGAGAGGGCAUUUACUCAGCGGCAGAAGAAAUCAAUCAAUCAAGUCCACAACAAAUGGGCGUGGUCGGUUUAAGCAACAAAUUAGAGCAAGGACAAAGCAGUCACGUGUCCAUCAUUAACCAAUCAGAUGUCGCAUAUUCCACAGUGGAAAAGAUUCAAAGAACAAAGCAAACAGUGGAAUAUCACAAAACAAUGGUGGAUAAUGUACUAUAUGGGGAAACAGGGGGAGAAAGCGUCGAUGCUCAAAUAAAAUUACUAAUCACCCCGACUAGUGACGGGGCCGAAACAGUAGUAAAUGUACUAUAUGGGGAAACAGAGGGAGGAAGCAACGAUGCCCAAAAAAAUCCACCAGAUGUCCCACCUAGUGACGAGGCUGAAACAGUCGUAAAUGUCUUAUAUGGGGCCACAGCGUGAAGAAUUUUAUUUAUAUUCACCUCCAAACUCUUUUCCAUCGACAAAAUGUAGAGUCGUUGUGCUUAUUGGACACGAAAUUGACCUAUUAAUCGUUUUGUCAAUUUGCAUUUUAUUUAUUCUUGUUGUGAAAAAUUGG